AUGAUCAAGCGAUCUGCAUCUAUGGCGACCGGAAUAGUGAGAGGAACAAAAAGUCUAUCCUCCUUCAAUAGGCCAAUGAACGCUCCAUUAACAUACCUAUACAGGGAACUUGCCCGAAGUUUGCAGUAUAUUAAGGAGUUGAGGGUCAAAAAUAGCUUACUCCUCCAAGCGUUAAAGGAUCUCGCCACCAGUCCCAAUUUAGAUCUAAACGAGUCUGCGCGUGUUAACGACUGCAUAAAGAAGUGUGAUCCCGGGGUGCGGGACACAUCUUCAAUGACUCCAAGCACUCGAACCGAUGAUGGUUUCGGUUUUCCUACAAGCCCGAAGCAGACUCUCGCGGGUGAGCAUAAUGUCGAUGCUAGUGUGGGAUCGCCCGGUCGCCAGGACUUGCUGUCGCACAGCAUCGAUAUCGGACGAGGUGGUGGGUCUGCAGGAUUUAUGGGGAAAGUAUCCGAAAUCUCGUGGCUUGCGCAAGCUUCCUCUUAUCUGGUCACUUCGCCGGACAAGCACUCUGCCCGUCGAAAGAAUGUGCCAGGUCAAGAGUGUAUAGACUAUUUGAACUACCUUAUGGACGAUGAAGAUCUCCUGAGCAUUGACGAGGACUCCCAUCGGUCGGCAGAAAUUUCUGUUCAAGCUUCAUCAAUUUCCCCGUGGCCAAACGUCCCUUACGUGGGACCAGCGCGGAUGGUUCGCAGUAACAAAUCUUAUGUGGGCCAUCGGAUCAAAGUGGUUGCAUCCCGCAUUGCUGAUGAUGACUCGGGUAUCGAAAACCACCUGGUAUACUAUGCACGAUCUCGAGCCUUAGGGCUGGACCAUCGGGUGAUGCCCGAUCAUAUUGCAAUGGGCAGUAUCAUGAGUACAGGACUACUCUCCUUUUAUCUAUUUACAAAUGGGUCAAUCACUAGAGCAUGGUCAUUGGUGCGCUUAGCUCUCAGAAACGCAUCCACUCUCGGCUUACACCUGAAAGUCGUGGAUACUGUACUGAGCCCGGCACAGCUUAGAGAAAGAGCUCGCACAUGGUAUGCAUUGUAUGGCCUUGAAGUAGCAAUGUCAGAGGUUCUAGGAAGACCGCCAUCAGUCUCUCUGGUGCACACCGCAAUUCCCCUUGAUCUCCUGGAAACUGAUCCAAACGCCGAUGGCUGUGGACAGCCCAACGAACUUGGCACAAGAAGUUCUGAUUAA